UCAUUUAGCCACACCCUUUGAGCUAUGACGCACACCAAUAAGAUCCGUUCUCUUCAGUGUAAACGGAAGUGAACAUUGACCAAGAACCACUUUAGCGUUUUUAAUUGUUGUUAUUUAGACGUUUAUUGACAUAUUGAACCAAAACAAUUACUCAUAACAGCAUCACAUACUUACCCCAGGUAGCGUUUAAUUUGCGUUGGAGACUGGACUUUGUUAAUCGAUAUCUAGGUAAAGCUAGCUAACAAUGGCUAACUGUAUGGUUUUUCACACUCAAAUAGCCUCCAUCAUGGAGGUACUAGCGAAUGCAGCCGUGGCAGAGAUCUGUAAACUCGUAGACGACGACUAUGCAGUGUUUCGUUUGGAAAUGUCUCAAAGCCAGAAAGAAAACAGGGGAUUGCGGAGGAAGCUACAGCUAUUCGAACUGAAGGUGGCACGGGAGCGCGCAGAGCGCGUCCUUGCCAGUCGUCCCAGUAGUGUCAAGAUCCUCGACCGAUACAAAGGAAUCGCAAGAGGUGAAGGACAUCUCACUGGAGGCCACAGGAGCUUCGUGAAACCAGCGGGACACAAUACAUGGAGAGAUGACCAACCAAUAACUAUUGAUGAGGGAAGUGGAACCUCAACCCAGCGCGUUAUAGUGAUAGAGUCUGCAGAAGCUGCAGGUCCAGGAGGAUUGUCUCUGGUGAAACAAGAGAGGACUGAAGAAGAGGACCCACGACACAGCAGAAGCACCCCUACUGGUGUAACGUCUGGAGUGGCGUCCCCUGUAGCCACGGAAGACCUAUCCACCGCUGCUGCGACCCAGCCCAGGACACGAUGCAGCAUCACGGAGGUCAGUGGAACGCUGAACGCCGUUCUCAAGUCAGACACAGAUACUUCAACUGUAACACAAAGGCUUUUACAAGACGGAUCAUCUGACCACAGGUCAGACGCAGAGGGACUGGGGCCGGGGAGACUGGGCUGUACUGCUGCUACCGGCUCAGAGUAUUUACUUUACGGUAAUCGAAGCCCAAGGAUGGUUCAUUCCCAUCGGGACUCCGGUGACACGUUAGAGACUGGCAAUGAUCCGUCUUGUUCUUACACUACAGAGAUGGACCCUGGCAACAUGCCCUUGGGUUUAGAGGCACAGACUGCUCUGUCUAGAGGGGACUGGAACCGGUACAGUAGUAGUGUAUACUCUGAAGGGUGCCUAGAUAUGAAAGGGGAGGUUAAAGUGGUAGAUGAUGGGACUGUGAAAGUGGAGGCCGACGCUCCUCCCACAUGGAAUGCAGAUAGUCACCUAGGAGACAGACAAUCACAGGGCAGAGAUUUUUUAGAUUACAGCGAAAACUUAGAGACAAAUCCAAAUGUCACAACCAACUCCCCUUUACACACGCUCAAAGAUCGCGACCCAGCGUCCAUGUCAUUGGGGCCUUCUGAUUCACAUGGCCAUGUCCUUUUCGAUCAGGUAUUGAACUCAAACGACAGGGCUAGAGGCCAGGUUCAGGAAGGGGGAGCCACAUCUGGCAGUAGUAAAGAGAAACGAUUCUUCUGCAUGUUCUGUAACAAAGGCUUCAGCUGCCCCCAGAAGGUGGAGAUCCACCAGAGGGUCCACACAGGGGUGAAACCCUUCAGCUGUACCCAGUGUCACAUGCGCUUCGCCCAGGCUGGUGACCUGAAGAGGCACCAUAGGGUCCACACAGGGGUAAAACCUUUCAGCUGUACCCAGUGUCACAUGCGUUUUGCCCAGGCUGGUGACCUGAAGAGGCACCAGAGGGUCCACACAGGGGAGAAACCGUUCGGCUGUCACCUGUGCCAUGCUAGUUUCUCCCACUCAUCCAGCCUGAAGAGGCACCAAAGGGUCCACACAGGGGAGAAGCAUACAGCUGCCCCCAGGUCGAGAAGAGGUUCUCCCACCAGCACCAGCUGAAGAUGCACCUGAAGGUCCACACGGGAGAGAGGCCAUUCGCCUGUACGCACUGCAGGAAGAGGUUCUCAGAGAGCCCAUUCAAUGCGUGGGUGGUUUGAAUAAAAAAAAAAUUACAUUUGGGGGGGGGCAUUGAAAUCACUAAAACCAAAUGGGAACUGUGUAGGAAUGAUAAUGGAGCUAAAUUUAUGGUCUCCUCACUCAUGUCCAGCUUGCUAACAGGCAUCGAAAUGAAAUCUAGACCGUUUUUGAGCAUCAAUUUAUUUAUUUUUAAAAGGGGAAAAAUGGCAAAUUUCUAAAAAGUCCUGACUCAUUGUUUGACUGUCUGUCAAAGGGAGAGAGAGCUAGAGCCAGAGCUACAUCACCAUAGCUACUGAUGCAUGCAUGUUAUUGAAAUGUGAUUAAUGCUCACUGUCCAAUUUUUCAUUGGGGUAGAUCAAAUGUGUUAUUAUUACAUGUAUUAUAAGCCUACAUUUACAAAAUCGGUAGACCAAUGACAAUCAUUUACAAAAUGAUGCAGGGGAUUUUGUUUGUAAGCCAGGGCCAAAUUGCCUUCCUCAGGCGAGAAAGAUAAUGUGGUAAUGCAGGCUAAUUUUAUGCAAUGGAAAAGCAUUCUAAUAGCCGUGCAUCAAAUAACCUACUCCUUGAAAGUCAUGUAUUGAUUAUACACUGAGUUUACAAAACAUUGGAGACACCUGCUCUUUCCAUGACAUAGACUGACCAGAUGAAAGCUAUGAUCCCUUAUUGAUGUUACUUGUUAAAUACACUUCAAUCAGUGUCGAUGAA